AUUAAUAAAUUUAUAUUCUGCAAAAAAUUAAAUCAAACGAGUACAGUGAAGCAAUGCCUCCACAUUUAUACCAGAAAUCUCACUACCACACAACACAUGCUCCACUAUCGCUCAUCCAAACAAGAAAUGAUGGAAAAUCACCAUUGUAUGGUCCUGAUCCUAUCCGUACUUUUCCUUUCUUCUCCGGCCAUCUCCUCGUCGGAGAAGGCACGCCGACGGACUUACAUUGUCUGCGUGGACGGCGAGGCAAAGCCAUCGGUCUUCCCUACGCACGCACACUGGUACGAAGCCGCCGUAUCUGCCGCCGAAGCGGACACCAUCAACGGAGACACCGGUUGGACCUCCGGCGGUCCUCUCAUCCACACGUACUCCUCCAUAUUCUACGGGUUUUCAGCCCGCAUGACCCCCUCCGCAGUGGCCGCCCUCUCGACAACUGCCGGCAUAGUCGCCGUUCUGCCAGAGCAAGUCCGCCGCCUGGACACUACCCGUUCGCCGCAGUUCCUCGGACUGAAAUCCUCCGACAGCUCCGGUCUACUUGCAGAAACGGACUUCGGAUCCGAUCUCGUUAUCGGCGUAAUCGACACCGGAAUCUGGCCAGAGCACCGCAGCUUUUCCGAUAGUGGUCUCGGCCCCAUCCCUGCCAAAUGGGGCGGAUCCUGCGUUGCAGGCACCGGUUUCCUCACCACGGCAUGCAACCGCAAGCUUAUCGGCGCAAGGUACUUCUCCGGCGGCUACGAGGCCACCAGCGGCCGCAUGAACGAGACGACAGAGCUUCGCUCUGCGCGCGAUACAGACGGCCACGGCACCCAUACCGCCUCCAUAGCAGCUGGCAGGUAUGUUUACCCGGCCUCCACGCUUGGUUACGCGCAUGGCGUUGCAGCGGGGAUGGCACCCAAAGCCCGUCUUGCCAUCUAUAAGGUCUGUUGGGCUGCUGGUUGCUUUGAUUCUGAUAUCCUCGCCGCUUUCGAUGCGGCCGUUGCCGACGGUGUUAAUGUCGUCUCUCUUAGCGUUGGCGGAGUUGUGGUACCUUACUACCUUGACGCCAUCGCCGUAGGAUCCUUCGCGGCCGCAGAGGCUGGGAUAUUCGUCUCCGCUUCUGCAGGAAAUGGUGGCCCUGGUGGACUCACGGUCACCAACGUCGCCCCCUGGUUGACCACCGUCGGUGCGGGAUCCAUGGAUAGAUCCUUCCCCGCCGACGUUCGCCUCGGAAAUGGCCGCGUUCUCCCAGGUGUCAGCGUCUACGGUGGACCUCCACUGAAAAAUGGAUUGAUGUACCCUCUAAUCUACGCCGGCAGCCCUAACGGAGCUUCUAGCGGCGGCGGCGAAGGAUAUUCUGCCUCCCUCUGCCUCGAGGGAUCCCUAAGCCCUAGCGCUGUCAAAGGAAAGAUCGUCGUUUGCGACCGCGGGGUCAACUCCCGGGCGGCAAAGGGAGAAGUAGUUCGGAAAGCCGGAGGAGCUGGCAUGAUACUGGCUAAUGGCGUCUUUGAUGGAGAGGGGCUUGUUGCUGACUGUCAUGUCCUCCCAGGUACCGCCGUUGGAGCCACCGCCGGAGACGAGAUUCGAAAAUACAUAGCCUCAACCUCCAGUCCCACCGGCACCAUUCUCUUUCGCGGCACACUCCUCGGUGUCCGUCCGGCCCCUAUAGUUGCUUCCUUUUCUUCACGAGGCCCCAGCCCUCAGUCCCCCCAGAUCCUGAAGCCGGACGUAAUCGCACCAGGCCUCAACAUCCUCGCUGCGUGGCCGGAAGGCAUUGGCCCCGCUGGGAUCCCAUCAGAUCAUCGCCGGACGGAGUUCAAUAUCCUUUCGGGAACAUCGAUGGCGUGCCCUCAUGUCUCUGGACUUGCGGCACUGCUGAAGGCAGCGCAUCCGGAUUGGUCACCGGCGGCUAUUCGAUCGGCAUUGAUGACCACCGCAUACAUCAAAGACAAUGAGGGGAAGCCGAUGUUAGAUGAGGCAACCGGAAACGCGUCAGGCGUUUUCGAUUCCGGAAACGGGCAUGUGGAUCCAAGGCGAGCGAUGGAUCCGGGGCUGAUCUACGACAUUGCUCCCAUGGAUUACAUAAAUUUCCUCUGCAAUUUAAACUACACAUCGGAAAAUAUAAAGGCUAUAACGAGAAGAGGUGCGGAUUGCAGGGGGGCGAAGAGAGCAGGGCACGCUGGGAAUCUGAACUACCCGUCGUUCUCGGCAUUGUUUGAUGGGGGUGCAGGUAGUGGUAAGAAGAGAGUGUCAACGCAUUUCUUGAGAACAGUAACGAACGUUGGGGGAGGCGCAGCUGUGUACCGUGCGGAAGUGUUGGCGCCGGAGGGGAGUAGGGUGGAGGUAGAGCCGAUGGAGCUGAAAUUCCGGCGGACUGGACAAAAACUAAGCUUUCUGCUUAGAGUGGUGUUGGAGGCGGCGGAGGGGGAGGGAGGGAAUUUGCCGGCUGGGAGUUCCUCCGUGAGGGGCGGCGAGAUCGUAUGGAAGGAUGGUCAGCACAGUGUUAGGAGCCCGAUUGUCGUUACGAUUCAGGCUUCACUUUGAUGGUCGCCGUUGCUGCAAUUUGCAAUUUUCGUUUUUUUUUUAAAUUUUUUUUCCUUUUGCUUUGAACUUUUUUUAUAACCUUUUUCUUUUUUAAAAUUUUCUACUGUUUUUUAAAUGAUGGGAACGAGGAUCUUGAAUGUAAAUUUGGAUAUGGGGUUUAUAAGUUUUGUGGUGGGACAUAAAUAGAUGGUGUUCUAUUCUACUGCCGA